UAAUUUGAAAAGAGCAUAUUUCCAACGGUUUGAAAAACAGAGCGGAACCGGAAAGAACCAACGACCUUGCUGAAUAUUGUCUUUUUUAUAUGUCCUAAGUUAUCAUUUAUACACUCCACCAUUCACGAUCAAUUAAAAUAACAAAUCUACAAUAUCUAAUGGAAAAGUAUAAAAAUAUUACCAUUGAGUUGGAAUAUUUAUAAACUAGUAAAUAAUAUCCUGAUGAUCAUUCUCUUUGGUAGCGACGAAUAUAAAAUGACCUUUAGUGAGUUCGGCAGUGGUGAUAGGAGUAGGAGGGUCUUGACACACUUGGAGACAGCGUGGAUCGUAACUACGGAAAUUCAAGACGUACGAGGUUAGUAUUGAAUGAGAGAACGAAGUGAACGUAUCUCGUAUAAUUUGGAUAUAUCAUCAGCAUAAAAAACGAUACAGCUUAUAAUAAGUAAAACGAAAGAAGUCAAAGUAAAUUAAAAAUAUAAUAUGUAUGUAUACACGCGUGCGUAUUGAAAGGUUAAUGCGCUAGUGAGAUCACUCAUGGAUGGAUGUUUUCAAGAAUAAACAACAAGCACCGGUUGACCCAAACUGACGGUUUUUAAUAGGUGGAUAUGAGUAACAAAUACGAAAGUAUUAAGUGGAACAGAUGGAGUCAAAACGAUCUCGGUCCAAGGAUGAGUUAAAUUUAUGUUUUAGUAUUUAAUACAAUUUAUGUGGAUGGAUGUGGCGCAUGAGAUUUAUUAGAUUUGUCAAAUUUUAAAACGUGAUCAUUUUUUAAUCAAAAAAAAAAAAAAAAAAAAAACAAAUCCUUUAAAACUUUCAAUUUUAUUAUUUUGAGAUGACGAUGUAUAUGAAAACUCUUCUUUUUGUAAUCAAUAGUUUUACCUUGGUAAAUGCCAAUUUUUUUAGUUUUGCGAGAUAUGCAAAAUAUAUUUACCCAGAGAAUUUAACCACAAGUGCUGCUAGCAAUCAAUUAUGGACAGGAAUAUUAAAAGAUUGUAGUGAAAAACUAUCAUUUUCUUGUAUUCAAAAAAAUGCAUAUAGUUAUUUGGACGAUUCUUUGGUUGAACAAGAUAAUAUUACAGUGUUUGAUGGUUUUGUUCUACGAAAAAAUAAUCUUGUUUAUGAUUCUUGCACAAAAAAUUGUAAGGAUGACUUUACAGAAAAUCUUAUACGAAAUUCAAAAGUUCGGGAAAAUAUCAAGGAAGAUAUCGAAAAUAAAGAAGAAUUUUAUGAAGAUAUAAAAUCACCACUUGAAGAAAUAACCGAAGCGUUAAGAGAAAAAACAGUCAAAUUUUUAUCUACAAGAGAUUAUGAAAUUGAAUUACCAAGAUUUAUGUUUGACAAUUCAAGAAUCAAAAUAAGUCCACGAGAAAUAGAUGAAAAUGGAGCACUCGUACGAAUUGACUUUGGGGAAAGAAAUAUUGAACGUCAAGGCAGAUUGUUCAAAAAAAUCAGAAAAUUUAUUCAGAACCGGUUAUUAAUGAGUUUUUUUGCUCUCCUGCUCAUAAUCAAACUGAUCAAAGUAAAAUUCGCAUUCAUCAUUCCAUUUCUCUUCGGUGCUGCAGUAUCCAAAAAAAUCUUCCUAAAAUUGCUCUUAUUCUUGGUUCCUGCAUUUGCGCAUGUAUUUAAACUUUGUUCUGCUUACUACAGUAGUCAUACAAAAUCUCAUCAUCAUCAUCAUCAUCAGAUUGCCCAUCAUCAUCACCACGUUCCGGUUCCUGUGCCUGUGCCAACAUAUGUGGAUCAUCAUCAUUCACCAUCAUUAGCCUCACCUUCUCAUCAUGAAGAAGAAUUUGAAGGAUAUGAUUAUGCUAACCCUCAUCUACAAAUUCGCAAAGAUAUGGAAGAGCUUAAGGAAUGGGGUAUUGAUACAUUCGCAGAGUCACACGAUGAACCAUCUUUAAGACCAGUUGAAACGAUUGGUGGGUCAUUUUCACAAUCUGGACCAGUUGGAAGACUCGUUCCACAACCUGGCCCAAUCGAAAUACCACCAAGUUAUCCUACAAAUUUUGGACCCCCUCAAUAUCCCGUAGUCCAAAAACCAAAUACUUCAUAUGGUGAUAAAUUUCCAGCUAAUAUUCCGUUACCAGGUCAAUCCUUAGCAUACAAUGGUUAUUUAGAUGAACAAAAACUUAAUCGUCGUAUUUUUGUGCCAUCUGUAUUAACGCAUUCACAGGGUCAAACGCAAUCAAUUCCUAAUACACUGAAACCAGCACCAUCUUUGAGUGCCGGAAAGUCAUCAAUCAUAAAAUCCAGUUCUGCUGUGAUAAAUCCUAUUUUUACUCAACCAACAUCUACUGUUCAAGCACAGCAUGUUAAUCAACAGAUUUUCACGAAUACUGGCAUAUCAUCAUCAAUUGGUCAUGGAAACAACCAGGUUGUUCAUGAUGAUAAUUUUUAUGGACCAAUGCUGGAGAAAAUUGAUGGCGUUUUUGCACAACUUCGGUUUGUAGAAGAAAUUUGUAGAGAACGUCUGGUUUGCAGCAUGUACAAAAAUCCAGAACGCUUUUCACCACAUAGUAAUCAUGUCUCAAAUGAGUUGUCAAGAAAUCCGCAAGAACUGAAGCAUGGAGAAAAUGGUAGUGUCUCGAGCCAACGAUUCCAUCGGUACCUUGAAGCAGCAAGGCUUGGCCAGGAUAAUGGUGAUUGUCUUAGAUCAUAUCCAUGUCACAUGAAUACCGAGUAAGAUAUUCAAGUUCAAUGUUACACCGUACUAUCAAGAAAAUCAGCAGUAUAUAAUUAAGAUAUUUUUAUUACUGGAAUUUACCGCUUUAACGGUGGUAAUGUCGUAUUUGUUGAUAUCAACUAGUUUUGUUAUACUCAAAUAUGGUUUUGUUACAUGACUAAUAUAGCAAUCAAAUUGUUGGUUUUCUGCUCGUAUCAUGAAUGUUGGAAACACAUUUGUUUAAGUGUAUAAAGAAUAAUUUAUUUAAUUUAGUAUGAAUUUGCAAGUUCAGAAAUUGCUGACCCAUCAAAAUAAUAAUGAAAAUAAAUAAAUUGUAUAACAUUUUUUUAUGACAAUAAGUGACCAAUUUUUUAUAGAAUGACUUUAAUAUAGAAUAAUUCAAUUUGUUCAGAUGUUUGUUUAAUGUGAAGUAGUAUUUUAAUUUUUAUUGCAUAAAUUUAUUUAUUUGUUCUAUUAUAUAUAUAUAUAUUAUGUUAUGUAAGUAUAUGUGCUUAAUUAAUAAUGGUAUGAUUAAGUAUUUAACAAAAAAAAAAAGAAACACGUUUUUAUGACGAAAAAUUACCGAGUACUCAAAGAGUUGCGCUAUAUAAUCAAUUUUGUUCCAAAACAAUUUUUCUUUGAAUUACAUUUCGUUCUUAUUGAAGAAAAUCUUAGUCAAUUUUUCAUGUAUAUACUAAUUAAUUUUGUCAAUAUUCAUCAAUUCACAUGUACAGUCUUAUACCUAAUUUAGUUUUAAAGUUUUGUUGUCAUCUAUAAACCUCGCAUCAAAAUGAGUAAUAUAUUUUCAAAUAAAUAUAUAUACAUUAGUAUACUAUCAAAGUU